UCUAUGAACGAUCAACAAUCGUCAACAAUCGUCAAGUAUGGCGACCAAAAGGGUAAGGGAGUUAUGUACUCCUUUUAGCAAAUUGUACAGAAGAAAUGUGUCCGCGUUAAAUACAAUAACGCAACGUAUGUAUGCAACUGUGAACGAAGGUGACACUCAAGUCACUCACACUGGGCAGGUGUUCGAAAAAGAUGAUUAUCGAUUGGUCAGAUUCAUGGACAGACCAAAAGAAGUUAAUAAAAAUUGGGGGAUUAAAUUGAUAAACGAAGUGCCACCAUCUCCUAAAAAAGAAAGAAUAGUAGCUUGCGAUGGUGGUGGAGGCCCACUUGGACAUCCCAAAGUGUAUAUAAAUCUGGAUAAACCAGGCAACCAUAGCUGUGGUUAUUGCGGUUUGCGUUUUUAUAAAGAGGAUCAUCAUUAGGUAAUCACUGUAUAUGGGUAGUUAAAUUAUCAAUUAAAAAAUAUGUAUAUAUUCUAGAAUACAAUGUGCAUGUUUUGUCUUGAAAUAAAAUAAGACUGUGCAAUUUAUACAA